CCUUGGGCUUAAUUUUCUCUCUCUCCCUUCCGUUCCUUCAUUCCUCCUCUCCCUGAGUCGUCCUUCUUUUUUUUCCAGCAGCCCAACUCCAUCAACAAGGCUCUCGGAUCAAGCCGUCAUGCUGACCUUCAAAUAUCUGGCUGCUCUAGCCCUCCUUGUGCCUCAAUAUGUCCUUGCCAUUCGAUUUCAUAAGGAAAGCUUGCCAGGCCCUUCACUAUUGGGUGUUUCUGCCAGGCGUGUGGCGGGGUCAAUGACCAGGCUAGCCAUUUCCGUGAGUGGGGAGGUGGCUCAUAGAGCAUUCACUGGCACUUUCUCAGCGAGAGUAGCGGAUUCCAAUACAGAUUACAUAAUAGACAUAUGGCUCAACGUUUUUGGAUCGUACUUCGACGCAGUAAAUAAUCGUUAUGAUAACGGACUCAGCACGGGCGAUGUUUUAUAUGGUGUAAACAUGCUGACCGAUUGGAUGAAGUCGUUAAUUGAUACUGAGAACCCCACACUGUAUAACCAUGGCGGUAUCGGGCUCGAGUCGGAUUCUGGAUGCGCCCUUGGUACGAUCUUUUACGAUAUUAAUAGGAUAGGGCAUCCAGAUCUCAAGAGGAUGUCUCUCUCGGAUGGUACCCAUAGCCUACACCCUCAAUUGAAAUCAAACACUACAAAAGGCCUCCUCACAGGGGGGCUUCCUCCCCUGGUGCGCACCAACCUUACUCUCGAUGACCUCUUCCCGAAGUUUAAGCCUCCACCCCGCAAUGGCCCUAUUUGCAAGCGAGCGGACAAUGCCUUUGCGGCUUGCAAAGGUCCAGACACCCUAAUUGAUGGAGAGUUCCUCCGUCCAGGCCAAAGUCUGUGGUCCGACAAUGGUGCGCGCCUCUACGUCCAAGAUGAUGGUAAUCUCUGUCUAUGGUACUAUACUCCUCAGCCCAACAUGUACUGGUGCUGGAAUCACGGUAUCAACUGGAAAGGCAAGGAGUUUUAUAUUCACCUCACCAACACCGGAGCGCUUUGUCUGGUCCAAAUGGCCGAAGGCAUUCCGUUUCACUGCACAAGGGAGCCUAACAGAGCCAACCUGGGUAAAUACAGGAUGACUAUACAAAACGAUGGCAACUUGGUUCUUGUUAAGGGUGUGAACGAAUACGUCAUGUGGUCCAGCCAGAGUGAUAUCUUUAAAAACAGACCACGCCAGGCAUGUACGCGUUCCGUUCCAAAAUAGUGCCCCUAUAACCGCAACCCAUACCCUUCAGUCUCAUUUCGCCUUUUUUCGUUAUCUGUCUUGUCAGUAUUCAUUCUAACUCGGCAGAUAAUAAAGAACAUUG